AUGAACGACGGCAUCAAUCUCUGUAAAGCAAUGGCCGACGCCGCCGCCCAAGAAGAAGAAGUGGCAGCAGAAGUGGAGGCCGUACAAGCAGUGUACGGCGAUGAUUGUGUGGUUCUCGAAUCGUAUCCUCCUCAUCUCCACCUCUACAUCAAACCUCGCACCGCCGAUGUCGCUUCACAGCAGUUUGUGGAAGCUGUCAUUGGAAUUCAAGCAGGUUCUCAGUAUCCGAAUGAACCGCCACAUAUUGAACUUUUAGAUUCAAAGGGUCUUGAUUUUCAGAGGCAAAAACAUCUAACGAAUUUGAUACGGGACAGAGCAUGCGACCUCUCAUCUUGUUUAAUGCUAGUGGCGAUUUGUGAGGAAGCAGUGGAGAAGCUCUCUGUUAUGAAUCACCCUGAUGGAGAUUGUCCAUUGUGUUUGUAUCCUUUGGUCCCAGAAGACGAGCAGAGUAAAGUUUUGCCAUUUAUGAAGUUGAUGUCUUGUUUCCAUUGCUUUCACAGUGAGUGCAUUAUUAGGUGGUGGAAUUGGAUUCAAACAGAAGAAAGAAGCAAUGCCAGUGAUUCAUCAAGUGCACAUGUGCCUCCUAUUAGAGACUUGCAAAAUCAUAAAGAUACACGUGGAGCUGUGGAAGGGGGUAUGGGAAACUGUCCAGUUUGCCGUAAAGUUUUUCAUGCUGAGGAUUUUGAACACGUGCUCGACUUGGUUGGCAAUCAUUCCUCACAUUUGAGUCUGAACGAUAAUGAAGAUGAUUACGGUGAGAAACUCCUGCAGUCUGAGUCAGAGAAUGCACGGCGACAAAACUUUGUGGCCCUAUUGAAGUUACAGCAAGAAAACAGUGGUUUAAUUGAACCUAAAAAAAAUAUUGUCGUCUUGCCUGGCAUGUUACUUCCACCACUGGUUGCAUCAUCCACAUCCGAGACAGCCAAAGAAUCUGCAGAAGAACAACAAAGAGAACCCCCAGUCACCACAGAAAUGCAUUCUGGUGGUUCCUCAGAUAGGCCUAAUACCCAUGAGCAGAGGAGUUCCAGCUCAAGGAAGCAGAGAGUACGUAAUACAAGAAGACCUGUCAAACAGUGGAUAAAGAAAGAGAGUGCAGGGCAGAGUGAGUAA